CCUCCACCCGCAGCUCGGCGUCAUGAGAACACGGCCAAGAAAUUUCGGCGGGCACGUGUGCCAAUCCGAUAGUUGUUUAAUGGGCCGCGUGAGUUCGAAUCCACUUUGUGUGUCUCUUUAUAUAAGCUGCUGUCUUCAUCUCCCUGAAGGAGGCGGAGGAGUUCGAGGAGUGAUUUCAUGCAUGUGUCUAAAAGUGGCGAACCCACACCAGUCGUCGGACGGCAGCUUCGCUGCGGCGGGGAGCGAUGAGAUGGAAGAGGAAGAGGCGGCGGCGGCGGGGAUGAUGUAUUCUUCGGUGACGGCCCAGGCGGCGUUGCUUUCGGGUCAUCGCCGCUCUCGGGAGACAUCCACCAUGGUCUCGGCCCUGACACGCGUCAUGGCCGGCGAGCAGAGACCGAGGCCAGUUCCGAUGGCUGUGGACUCCAUGUCGGCCGUCUCUUCUUCCUCGCCGUUCUCUUACAUCUUUUCUCCUCCUCCGUCGUAUUCCUCGCCAUCGACCGGUGGUCAAAGUGGCGGCGCAAGUAGUCAGACGAGAACGAGACCGGAGCUGCCGUCUCACCUGGCACUGAGGUACUACCGAUGUCUUGGCGAGUUCGGGAGCUACUACGGCGGAGCAUCACCCGAUGUUGCAGUGGAGCAGUAUCCACAAGCAUUUCUGCCGAUGCUGCAAUCCCCUGCUCCUGCAGCAGCAGCCGUGGAGGAGGCCUCCCCUGCUUCCUCGAACCAAGAGGAAAGGGAAAGGGAGGCGCCGAAAAGGAAGUAUCGCGGCGUCCGCCAGCGGCCGUGGGGCAAAUGGGCGGCCGAGAUCCGCGACCCCUACAAGGCUGCUCGGGUAUGGCUGGGGACCUUCGAGACGGCCGAGGAGGCGGCGCGGGCGUACGACGAGGCCGCCCUCCGCUUCCGUGGCAGCAGAGCCAAGCUCAACUUCCCCGAGAACGUCCGCCUUCAGCCGUCCCACUCCGUCGCUCUGGCGGCGCAGAUGCCGCCGUCCAACUCCCCCGCUACCUCUUCCGGCGCCGUAAGCGACUACUUGGCGUACUCGAGGCUCCUGCAGGGCGCCGCGGAGUACCAGAGGCUCCCUCCGGCGAGCCUGUUGGACCCGUUCGUGCACUCUGGCGUGAACGACAGCAGUUCUCUGCCUGCCUCGUCCUUUCACGCCAACUCCGUUCAAUCUUCGACUGUUAUCUCUCCUUCUUCCUCCUCCUCCUCCUCUUAUCCUCCAUCCUACGCUUCGAGCACACCAACGGAGCGGCAGAUGAUCUGGGGCGGGGCGUCGGGGUUUCCUGAGACAUCAUGGACUCAUUCAAGCCAGUUUCCUCCGUCAUCUUCUGGGGACAGCUGAAGCCGAGCGUCGGUUCCGUUCCAAUGCUCUUCCUGAAGGGUCUGCGUGUGCGCGUGUUGUACUAUGUAAUUUUCCUUUCUUUUGAUGCCUCAUAAUUAUUCUUUCUCAGGGGAACAAAAGGACAAAAAAACAAUUAAGUUGAUUUUACUCGA